UGUGUGGCUCCCCCCCGAGGACUUCUGGAAACCCUUAUGAGUGACUGGAGAGACGGGGAUCCAGUGUGAGGUGCCGGAGAGACUGUUCACAGCUGCACAGAGUUGAGUGAGUCUGGUUCUCCUGUUGCUGCUAUGGGCUUCAGGGCGGUGCUGCUGUCCGUCCUCCUGGUGUCCCUGGACUGGUCUAGAGGAGCCGUCAUCACAGGGGCCUGUGACAGAGACGUGCAGUGUGGGUUGGGUCUGUGCUGUGCUGUCAGUCUAUGGCUCCGAGGUCUGAGGAUGUGCGUGCCAAGAGGAGUGGAAGGGGAUGAAUGCCACCCCUUUAGUCAUAAGGUGCCCUAUCCGGGGAAAAGGCAACAUCACACCUGCCCCUGUCUUCCUCACUUGGUGUGUACCAGAUAUGCCGACAGCAAGUAUCGAUGCACUGAUGACUUCAAAAACAUAGACUUUUAAAGGCUGACCAGUCGCUCAAAUGAGAAGAGAGUAACAAAAACAACAUAUCAGAGUGACGAAGUGAACAAUAACCUGUCAGCGACCAACCACAUAAUCCAUCUGCACUGACUGUAUUAGGCGUUUGUGUAUCCUAUGCACUCUGAUACAUUGACUGUAAUCUACCAAGUGCCACAGCAGAACCCAGACAAAUGUUUUUACAUACUACGUUGAAAAUAAUAUUUCUUCAGAAGCUGUUUGUGAACCAUUUGCUGCUUUGUUUUAAUGAUCAUUUUAUGUUAAUUUAUCGAGACAAAUGUAUAACUAUUGCCAAUAAAAGUAUAA